CGCAUUUGCCAAGAGAAACAUCGACCAGGCGCAUUAUUUCGUUGACAUAGCUCGCGUAGUGAAGACGUACAUUGUCCCAGCGACAGAGAGUUCCCGUGUGUUACCUCCACCAUCCCGUCGUCUCCUCACAAUCCCCGGAAAGCGAAACCAGUUCCGGUAGAAUAACGACAAACCUGCAACCUGCAUCUCCAACCCCUUUCCGUGCUUCUUCCUCGACUUCUGGUGCACUUUUAGAAAAAAGCGUGUAAAUUCGGACAGCUGUUUGAGCUGUGUAUUGCGCGCGUGUGUGUGUUUGUCCAUCCAACCAGACACAGUUCAAGGCCAACCGUUUUCCACUUGAUUUUUCCUCCGAAACGACGCUAACCAGCGAAGCGGCCGAAAGAUGUUCAGUGGAAUCACUGGUGGAGCAAAGUCCUCGCUGAAGAACCUCGGCAGCAAGGCCGAAGGGCUGUUCGAUAAGAAGAAGAAGGAGGCGCAAGAUCUGGCCAACGAGAAGGUACAGGCCGCCAGCAGCAUGGCCGAGGAGCAGGCGAAGAAAACGCAGGAAUCCUUCAGCAAGACCAAAACCGACGCGGAAGCAUUGGCAUCGUCGGCUGCAGGAGAGAUCGAUGCCACCAAGCAGCAGGCGGCGGCUGUUGCUGAGACAACGUCGCAGGCGGCCGGAACGUUGAUGGACCAUGCCAAACAGGCGGCCGAAAAUGCCAUCGCCCAGAGCGCCGUCGUCGUGGAGCAAGCCGUCGAGGAGCAGAUGAAGGUGGCCGAACAAAAGGUGGACGAGGGUAUGAAGCGGGCCAGCGAAGAGGUCGACCGGAAGCUACAGGAAGCGAACCGAGUGGCCGAUGAGAAGCGGGGCGAACUGGAGCAGAAAGUGAACGAUGUUGCCACGAAGGCGCAGGAAUCGGCUACCGCCAGUGCUGCCGGGCUGCUGGGCAAGCUGAACCUGGGCAAGUAAGCCGUGCCUUAACGAAGGUCGAUGGCCAGAAUCUCCAAGCAUGCAACAAGAUAUGAGGGUGAAGAUGCUUCUGCACCAGGCGAACGGGGAGAGUAAUGCCGCUUUCGCUGUCGUGUCCUAGUCGGUGUGCACAGAACAUGCUUCGCGGUUUCGCCAUCUCGAAAUGCCCGUGCAACGUGAUGAUAUUAAGCUUUUCGUUUGGAAGAUUUGUAUUUUUUGUUUGUUUGUUCUUCUUUACAACUAUAAUUAAUGUACAAUUAGCAUGCUGCAGCACCGGAUGUCUAGAAGAUGAAGUCACACAAAUAACAGUAGCGAUCACGCGUUCGCUGUGAUUAUUGCUGCCUCGUACAAACACACCACCCACAUACCAAUGAAUAUGAUUGCCUUACGCCGAUGCCGAGGGGGGGAUCCAAUAACCGUUCAACCGGAAAUGGUAAAACUCCCCGCAUCGGUGCUGCACAAGAACAAUAGAACCGGAAUGCCCAACGGCACAACAAAUAGCAAAGCAACGUAAUGCCUAAUAUGUGAUGCCUUAUCGUGCCGCGUUGAAUGUUUGCUUGAUGGCUACAAAUAUACAGCGUCAUGUCACAAUCAUUAUACUACAACUCUAUGCAGUACAGCAGCCAGUGUAUUAGGUGUAAGCACUGCAGCAAUGCAGCACUUUCUGAAUAGUUUUCCACCAAUCGAAGUCGGUGUGCAACAAUUUUAAUGAAGCAAAAAGAAAGUAGUGUUUAACGUUUAACAGUUUAGUUUGUAAGUUUGCUCGAAAAGCAAAGCAAAAAAAAAAAACAAACAAAUAUCAUUUCGGUGUGCAUAAAUUCGACCGAUUUCAAUUUGGUUCAAAACAUUUUUUCCCUAUUUUUUGUGUGUAACAACCUCCAAAGAUUGAUGGAAAUUGCUUUUUAUACUGUAGUGGCAAAUAAAUAGAUCGAUAUACAAACCAA